AUGUCGACUCCGACUCGUCGAUACAUUGCCAGCCCAUUAGCAAAGAAGUUCCCGGGGCCCGACACCAAAAUCAAGUAUUUUUUCCCCGACCCAAGCAUCCAGUUUGUGGUCGGCACUCUCGUUACGAGUCCUUUGUUCAUCCUCGCGACAUUGAUCAUCAUUGGGACCAUCUCAGAGGCAGAUGCACAUCUGGCGCCUUGCAGAGAUAGCAUGAAUCUCCCACUUCACCUGGCCGCCAUCUACUCAAUGAUGGUAUGGCUACUCUGGCGCGUGGCCUCGGCGCUCAAUUUUGCGCCAGCUGUUCAUCUUGACCGAUUGGUGUACACCUCGCGCAUUGGAUGGACGCUGCAAUUCUGCGUGUGUUUUCCGUGGUUGUACACGCUGUGGAAGAUGCUCUACUUUUAUCUCUUUGUUUUCCUGCUGGAACAGGAAAGUGGCUUUGGGCGCGCACUCGUCAUCAUGUCAAAUAUCGGAGCUUUGGAUAUGGGUAUCUUCCGCUUGAACAUUGUUGGACCUUUCCUCAGGUCUGUCGUCUGGGUGCUUUUCGGAGCGGGCCUUAUGUACACCGUCUCUUUCAUAGCAUUUGCGCUGGUUGUUUGCUACCAAAAGGUCGCUGGAUAUGGCGAAAAACAUACUCACGCACCAUCACAAAACCCGUCACUUCCUGACAAGAACAAGAUCGAAAAAGUAUAG